UUCGUGCGCUCCACACGCGCAUGCGCGUAUUACUGACAGCGCGCCACUACGACCCGUCCGAUCUGUCAAAACAAACGAAAAUGGAACGAAUUUAAUUUUUGUCUUUUUUUACGCAUAAAACUUUAAAAAGGUUGCAGUGCUGUGCUUCAGUGACAUUAAUUUUUAUUUAGUGUUCGGCUAGUGCUAAAUAUUCAGAAAGGUCCAGUUAAUUUUGUUUAGUUAGUUUAGUGGUUACAAGGGCGUGAAUUUUGACUCGUUAGAUGUGUAAAUGAACGUGUCGAAAUUAUUUUUCAUAGAUUUGCGUACAUUCAAUAUACUGGAAAGGAAUUUGUUCAAUAGCCUGCCGCUUUUAUGGUGUCGAAGUUGAAGCGAUCGGGCGUUAGCGCUCGUUAAUAAUGUUAACAAGCGUGCGGGGACGCCUCACAGAGCGUGCCACUCUCGCACUCAUCGGCUAGCCAUCAUGUUCACAAGAUUCGACCAAGGCAAAUCAACAAAAGGCGCGAGCAAGCUUCGGCGCGACCUCAUCAACGCAGAGAUCGCCAACCUUCGGGACCUUCUGCCUCUACCACCUUCCACUAGGCAGAGGCUAUCACAACUACAACUGAUGGCACUAGUUUGCGUGUACGUCAGGAAAUCUAAUUACUUCCAACAAGUUUUCAAACGCUUCGACAUCACGCAACAACCAAGUACUGGACAAAACUUUGGAUUCUCAAAGGCUCUCAACGGUUUUCUCAUGAUGAUGACGCAGAACGGGAAACUUCUGUAUAUAUCGGAUAAUGCUGCGGAGUAUCUGGGGCAUUCUAUGGAGGAUCUAUUAAUCCAUGGAGACAGUGUAUAUGACGUGAUCGACAAACAGGACCAGCAAGCUGUGAGGACAGAAUUGUCAAGAGCGCCAUCUGAUGGUGAAGAUAGAGUAUUUCUUUGCCGGAUGAAUGUCGCCAGGAAUGCGCGACGACAGAUGCGAUUCGGAGAUCAAAAGGUCGUUCUAGUUCGCGGCCACUACGUAUCUUACCUACCGCUAUGCAGUCGCAACGAGCCCGUGUUCCUAGCUUCGUGCACGCCGCUGGCGAUGCCGGAGACGCGGGAGUGCGUAGUCCACGGCGCCACCAACGUCUUCACCACUGUACACGCCAUGGACAUGAAGAUACUGCAUAUCGAUACCAAUAGUGAAUGGCACCUGGGAUGGGACCGCAGCGCCCUGCAUGGAGUUAGUUGGUACCACCUUUUACAUCCUGAUUGCUGUAAGGAGGCUCAGACAAAGCAUAGACUAAUAACACAAUCAGAGCAAGAAAGAUCAUGCAUAGCCUUGCUCCGGCUGCAGCGGAGGUGUGGUCAGUUCCUCUGGGUCCAUGCUGUGCUGCAGCUCAAAGAUAAUUUGGAGAAUUCUCAACGGCCAGUCAUUGUGUGCACGAAUCAAGUGUUAAGCGAACAGGAAGCAACAGUGAUGAAAGCAAACCCUUGGCUAUACCAUUACUAUGCAGUACAGUCGAAGUUACAUUACGGCUUAGCAUAUGAAGCAGCAACAAGGAUGUAUGGCCCUCCACCACCAGACAUACAAGUGUAUCCGCCGACUAUGCAAUAUGCCCCAACUGCACCAGUCUGCAUAAAUGGGAAUCAACCAGUUAUGAUGCCAAACUCAACUCUUCAACCCCAUUUGACACACGUACCACCACACUUAGCACCAAUUCAUUAUGCUUAUGAAAGAACAGAUAACGGACCUGUAGAUUACUCCGUCUCUCUCCAAGACAGCAGAUUCACGAAUAUACGAAUUGAAGAUACAAGGCUACAGCCGAACGUUAAAAAGAAAACCAAGUCAGAAGAGAAGCCAAAUACACCUGUUCCUAUUAUGUCUCCACGUUUUGUAAAUAGUUCUGGUGGGGAUACAUUAGUAGCCGUCGCUGGAGCGAUUGCAAAUCGUAGACCAGGUUCAAAAAACUUUACAUCUGAAUCGGAGAUGGUAGACCAGUGGAAUCCAAGUCCUACUUGGUCAGAAUCUGCAGUACAGAAAGUUCCCGAUGUCUGUCAUCAGGACUUAAGUCCUUAUGUCACUACGACACCUCCAACACCAUCUGGGACCCCGUCAGCGUAUACUCAUAAUUAUAGCCAUACUUUUGUGUUUGACUGGUCACCAGAACAAUAUGUUCCUCACACUAACAAUAGAUGUAGCACAAUAACUUCUGAAAGUUCCUAUCAGCAAACUUGGAGAAACGAAAGAUCAUUUGCAAAUACAGAAGGAGUAAUUGAAGAUAACUGUAGUCCUAAUAGAUUAAGCUUAACAAUGAGAGUUAGCAGGACUCCACCUGAAUUACCCACAGAAGGGGAGAUAUUGAGGAGACAAAUCGAUGAGCCACAUGCAGAUUCGCCAGAUGCCAAAAAGCCGGCCUUAUAACACAGCUAUCUGUAUUACUAUAAAUUGUAUCGUAGACCAAUACAUUUUUUACUGGUCUUAGUAUUUUGUACACAUUUUUCAUAUAUUGAUUGUUACCUGUACUUCUAUUUUGUAUAAAAAUAUUAUAAUAAUAGGUAAUCUCUGGAACUCUCCUGUGAUCUUCGCGUAAUUAAGGUGUACAAAAUCUUGUAAAUAAUUUUAGUAGAAGUUGUAUAUUAUUUUUACUGAAAAUGUACAAAAUAUGCUACCGUCCAUUCACAACACAUUAAAUGUGAUGAUUUUAAUUUGGUUUAAUAUUGUAUAUAGAUUUAUCACUUUUUGUGCAAUUGUUGAUUUUUUAGAGACCUAGUAAAUAAAUAAUGUUUUUCGGUACGUAGUAUUAUUAGAUUACAUAUAUCCGUCCAAGGAAAAAUUAUACUAAGGUUUUAAUUAAAUACUUUACAUUAAAUACAUACUUUACGUACUUCAUAUUUUUAAAGGUCUUUAGUUUGUUUUCAUUUUUCUCCAGUAUAAACUUUUAAUUACUAAUGGUCUAAGAUCCAGCCCUAAAUCGUCUUUCACCGGGGUGAGUAAUGAACGAAACAUUUCACAUGAACAUCAUUUAAAGUGUAAAAACCUACUAUCAAUAUACCUUUGUAUACCUGUGAACCUUGUAGUCCGUCCAGGAAAAAAAUAGAGAACCUAACAAUUGCACAUUCUGCAAGUCUCAUACUUUCAGCUGGUAUAAGAUUUUCUUAUUACUCUCAUCAGUACGAUUUUGAAUAAAAAAUCAUUUUUUAAUUAAUAAUUUAAUAUAGCCUAUCCAGAAUUUUUUCAGUGAACCCAUUGUUUAUUUAUUUUUUAAUAUUUUAAAUUUCAUUUAAAAUAUGUUUCGUUCAUUUCUCACCCCGGUGAAGGACGAUUUAGGGCUGGAUCUUCUACUAUAAUGCAAUUUAUACUUUCUCACAUUUGACAUAAAAUGUUCAAAAUUUAGCAAAAUAUUAAAGGUCAAAGAAAUUGUUUUUAAGAAAUUAUUUCAUCUAAAGUCGCUUUGAAGAUAUAUUUUUAGAC